UCGGGGGACGCGGAAGUGGCGAGCCAAUCGUGGAGGCAAGGGACAGGUUCGGUGGCGCACGGGAGGAGGGCCGCGCUUCCAGCCGAGUUACCCCGGCUGAGUGAGGGGCUACAGGGCCAAGCCCUGGGCCAGUGGAGGCGUCGUCACCGCCCGUGGCAGGCAAGCCGAGGCGCGCGGGCGGACACGUGUGGACGUCUGAGCGCUCCUGGACCAGGAAGAGUGCACGCCGGGCCUGGUCCUCUGCGGAUUCCGCGGCAAGGUUCCUUAACGACUGCAGCUUGAAGUUCCUGUGGUUGCCGGGAGGCUGGGCUUCGGAGGAAGGUAUCAAGAGACAAUGUUUCCUUAAAUUUGCUUCUGUAUUUGCCUCAUCAAUGUCAUUCAUAUUGAGUAUCUUAAGAGAGAUGCUGGAAUAUUUUGGUGUUCCUGUAAACCAGGUUUUGCAGAUUUGGGAAAAUAAAGACUAUGGAUCAGCUAGGAGUAUUGUUCGUAUUAUUGGGAAAAUUCUUCCUUUAGAACCUUGUCCCAGGCCUAAUUUUGAGCUGAUCCCACUCUUGAACUCUGUGGACCCAGCUAACUGUGGAUCUGUAGUUCCAUCUUUUGCUGACGUUUUGUAUGUGAUGAGUGAUGAAGAAGCCAGUUAUCUCAGAUUUCGAAAUAGUAUAUGGAAAAAUGAAGAAGAGGAGAAAAUUGCUUCUUUCCAUCCUUUGCAACUAGUUGAAGAUCCACUGACACCUGCUCUAAGGCAUAACAAACCAACAAAAAAUGAUUGGCCUGAAAGUGAAGCUGCAAUUAAAAAAAUAGCUGCCCUUGAAGAUGAGCUAGCUUUUCUUCGCUCUCAGAUUGCUGCAAUUGUGGGAAGGCAAGAACUGAGAAACAGUACAAAUUCUGGCUCCUUGGACUUGAAGAAUGACAGGCCUAGUGGUUUGGGACAAAUGCCAUCAUCAGGGACUACUCAACUGAGUGUCGAACCAGAUUCGUUUUCAAGUUCAGUGUUUCCCUCUCCUCCUCCUCCUCCACCACCGCCUCCUCAGGUUUCUUCUCUACAGCCUCCAUGUUCUCCUCUCGUGCAAAUAGCAUCUAAUAAUAUUUGUGCAUCAGAUAAUUCAGCAACUGAAGUGAAAAAACAGCACCCAGAUACUAGGAAAACCAAUUUUAGUCAUCAUUCAAAAAACCAGAAAAAUAAAGAUGUUCCAAACAUGUUGGAUGUUCUGAAGGAUGUGAAUAAGGUUAAGCUACGUGCCAUUGAAAGGUCCCCUGGAGGCAGACCCAUUCAUAAAAGGAAAAGACAAGACUCACCUUGGGAUCCAGUGUCUUUAAUAUCCCAUGCACUUAAGCAGAAAUUUGCAUUCCAAGAAGAAGAUUCCUUUGAGAAAGAAAAUAAUUCUUGGGAGUCUUCUCCAUUUUCUAGUCCAGAAACUUCAAGGGUGAGAUUAUAAGGUUAAAUCUUCAGUUUUUCUAAUGCGUAUUGUUCAUGAUGUAUCUUUGCCUUCAAGUUCCUUGAAGUAAUUAAUUAUGCAGAACGGGCUUAAAAUUGUUGAUGCUGUGUGCUGCUAAUGUUUCUGUUGUUUGUGUUGACUUUCACGUUCAUUUUUAGCUUUUAGCAUACUAUGAAGUUUUUCUGAGGUAAAACACUUGAUUUGAAAAAUACUUGUGCAUAAGUUUAUAAUGGUUUAUCCUGGGCGCGUGCUAACUUGACAUUGCUGUCUGCAGUAUGAACUGGGUGUCUGAAACUUUGAGAGGACCAGAGAAAAAUGGUGUGAUAGAUUCAACCUAACCAUAUUUAAAUGUGAAUACUCCCAAUAUUUUUUCCGGUCAAAUAUGAAGUUUGGAUUAUUUAGAUAAAUAAGACAUUAACUGUGCUUUUAACAAAGCAGAUGAGGUCAUAAUUACUUCAAUGACCAUGCUCAUUGGAUACUUAAAAAAACUCAUAUUUCAACCCUUGACCCUUAAGAUUGCUUCUUUCUUUUUUUUAAAUUAAUUAAUUAAUU